CUCUCUAACAAUAAUCCCAAGCCCAACAUUCCUACCUUAUUCCUCCUUUCCAAUCCCCACCCCCCUAGUAACCAACAUAUACCUCCUGCGGAGCAAGUAAAUCCAGAUCACCUGACCACCCGCUUAAAGCAGCCACCGAAAUCACCACCCAUCAUACCCAUUUCAUCAUCCAACCAACCAACCAUCUGAAUGAACCUCCACCCACCCCACCCCCAAACAUAGAACCACAAAGCACAACAUCAGUAAACAAUAAUCCGGGUAAUGCCACCAAGCGAAUACUCCACGCCCGGUGGAGGCGGCGGCAAACUCAAACUGAAAGGCAGCGGCCGCAUAGAAAAGAAGAAGAAGAAGAAGAGCGGCAACAGCAGCAGUAAGAAAUCUACUCCGAGCAACAACCCUGAAGGUGAACAGCAGCUGCAGCAACAACAACAGCAAGAUCAAGAAGUACGAGAUCAAGAACGCCGAGAAAGGAGUGAUUCGAUACCGCGUGAUGAAUUAGCUUCUACAUCCGGACCUGCUGUUAAGACUGAAGCAGAGAAGAAACAUGAGGAGAUGAGGAGGAAGAGGCUCCAAGAACGACUCAAACGCGAAGGCGUAAAAACUCACAAAGAGCGAGUUGAAGAACUAAACAAAUAUCUAAGUCGAUUAAGCGAACACCACGAUAUGCCGAAAAUUGGACCGGGCUAAAACUAAAAAAAGAAAAGGAAAGACCGUGGUACCAGUUGUGGUUGGGUAUCGUAUCGCUUUGUUUCAGAAUCUUUUAGUGUUGAAGGGGGGGUGCAGGGGUUGUAGGUGUCAGGUUGGUUUCAACCUAUGGGAGGGGGCUGUGUUGGAGCUGAGGGAGGACGACUAGUCCUUAGUCCUUGGUAUCAUAUGACGCUUGCUACGUUCUGCACGCUCAGUGGCUAGAGGGACGGGAGAGCUCGCUGAGCUGCGAGCUACGUGGGAAGCUGGCUCAGGACUCAACUACGGCCACGCUGCAACGCUAAUUCGUGGUAAUCAAUGGUCAAUUGGUGGGUGGACAAAGAUGCAUAUAUACCUAUAACCGCUUGGCUAAGUGACAUGCCAAUGGAAAUAGCAACCAUUCACAAACGGGAAAACUAUCAAUUCUAUCCAACAUGACUGGAAGAUGGAAAUAUGUCUAGCAUCGCAU